CUUCUGAGACGCGCCACUGCAGCGAGUCACACUUUGACAUCUACAGGACCGAAUAAUUCUGACACCAUGUCUGUCCGCGUGUUGGAAGUUCUCUUCUUCUUCUACUUUGCCUCUCACAUUCCCAUCACUCUGUUCAUCGACCUACAAGCCCUGCUGCCCGGACAUGUGUAUCCUCAGCCACUGAAGGACCUUCUGCAGUGGUACGCGCAAGAGUUCAGAGACCCCAUGGUGCUGGAUCCGCCACAAUGGUUCCAGUCUUUCAUUUUCUGCGAGGCUUUGAUUCAAAUGCCGUUUUUCCCGGUUGCAGCCUACGCUUUCCUGAAAGGUGGCUGUAAAUGGAUCCGGACUCCUGCCAUCGUGUAUUCCACACAUGUGGCCACCACACUGGUCCCCAUCCUAGCUCACAUCCUGUUCCACCAGUUCCCUAUGAAACCCCAUGCUGGUCCCCAGACCCUGAAGGAGCGCUGGCUACUGGUCUCCAUAUACAUCCCAUAUCUGCUUGUGCCCCUGCUGCUGCUCCUCACCAUGCUGCUGUCCUCCACAUACAACUCCACCUCCACAUCACGACACAAGUCAGCCAAAUCCAAGAAGAACUGACAGCACCACCAGAAUAAAGAAAUUGAUUUCACUCUUCUUUUAGGCGGAGGAUUCAGACUGCACCACACUAUUAGAAAUAAUUUCCCUAUUGUUAAACCAGGCACAAUUAUAACUAAAUGUCAUUCUUUCAAAAGAUAACUUUUAAAGUAAAUGAUCACUUUAUGCGUUAACAGUUGAAUUUCUUUUGUGUGUUUUAUCAGUAACAAAAGUAAAAAAUGAAUAGCCUUACAAAGGACUGGAAAAAAUCCUAGUAUGGCAGUUAUUCUCCUGCGUUUGCAUAUCUAUGAAGAAGUAAGCUGCCUCUGGUUGUUAUUCAGAAGGACUCUGGCACCAACAGCAACAGGUCUGGCAGCCUGUUCAUUUUGAUAUAUAUCUGAUAACAGUGUCUGUCCCCCCACCAGCAAAGCUGUGAAGUAUGAAUAUUCAUUAAUAAAUCAAACUUCAGUUCAGGGUCAUUUCCAAAACCUGUAUGUUUACACAUAUUUUAGUUGGUGCAAAACUAUGAAAAUUUGUCUUGUUAAAAUGUUAUGAAAAGAAAAUAUUGAUGGACUUUCUAAGUGCAGGAAAGUAAACUCAGUGACAAAGUAUAGAAAAUGAAUAGAAAUGUGGCUGAUCCCCCAUGCAAUCGGGCCAGUUCACUGUUCUGUUGUAUUAGAGCUUUGUGGAGCUUAUAUUAAAGCAGAAGUAUUUGUAGUAUAAUGUGAUUAGCAGACUUACUUGCAUUUAAAGGUGCAAUAGUAGCUCUGGUCAUUUACCCGACACACUACAGCCCAGGUGCCAAGAAAGGGCGGCAUUAUGCAACCAUAGGCCAAACGCUAUACAUGAUCACAUCGUCUUUAAAUGGUGUCCUUUACUAACGUUGAUCAUCAGUAUUAAAUUGACAUUUUCACAGCA